AUACUUCCUGUUAGCUAUCCUUAGUGUGUGGUGUUGUUGCAUUUGAUAAUUUAAUCCGUGUUUUUAGCUGUUAUCCUAGCUAUACCUCGUUUCUUCAUGAUUAGGUUGCUGUGUACUACUAUUUUGUGCGUAAUUCACGUCUUUACAUUGAUCAGCAAUGCAAAAGGACAAGAGUUUACAGAGCUGGAGAUGGCACACUACAGGUACAGUAAGGAGAAUCGAGUAGGCUUUAAUCACGUCUGUAGUUAGCUAACGUUAGCUAUUUUGUAACUCCAAAUCUAGGCGGCUUUCUGCCUUCUCCCUACAGUUUCAGCCAUUAGCUUCGCCCAAGACUGGCUCAUGUGAACUACAGUCCCGAGGCUGUGUUUUAACGUUUCGAAACGUCAAUCAUCGCUUGCGACGUCAGCGACAAAUAGUCCUGUAAAUAAAAAAUAUGAGUGCUUCUAUCCGACGAAGCUACACUUCCCGAGUUAAGCUUACACACAGAUGUUCGGAGCACUCAAUAUAGCUAAUCAGCACAGGUGGUCGCUUCUUGUCUUAAGUCUGUUUUCAUAAAAAGCGCUGUAACAUGGAGACAUAUGGCCGUGUGAGAACACUAACCAUAUCAAGGUGUAAUCUUUUUUGGGGGGGGAUUUCUCGCUGAUAUGAAAGGUAGGGUCCUAAAACCGUACCGCAAGCGACGCAUGUUCAGAUUGAGUGUCUGGACUCUUAACAAACCCCCUGUACAGAAGAUGCCUUUAAACCACAAAUCAAACGAAAAGUGUAUUUUUUAUGCGCAUGUACAUGCUGAAAUUAGAAUGCAAGGUAGUGAAGGAGAGAAAACAGACGGCUGUGAGCGUCAAUGUCAUCAUGAGCUUCAAAGUAUACUGAACCAAAAUAUAAAAGCGACAUGCCACAAUUUAAAAUAUUUUUCAUAUAAGUUCAUAUAAGGAAAUCAGUCAGAAUGAAAUAAAUUCAUUAUGCCCAAAUCUAUGGAUUUAACAUGACUGGGAAUAUAGAUAUGCAUCUGCAUAACUUAAAGAAAAGGCAGGGGUGUGGAUAAAAAAAACCAGUCAGUAUCUGGUGUGACCACCAUUUGCCUCAUGCAGCGCAACACAUCUCCUUUGCAUAGAGUUGAUCAGGCUGUUGAUUGUGGCCUGUGGAAUGUUCAAUGGCUAUGCGAAGUUGCUGGAAAAUGGUGGGAACUGGAACACGCUGUCGUACACGUCGUCCAGAGCAUCCCAAACAUGCUCAAUGGAUGACGUCUGAUGAGUAUGCAGCUUCCAGGAAUUGUGUACAGAUCCUUGCGACAUGGAGUCGUGCAUUAUCAUGCUGAAACAUGAGGUGAUGACUGCGGAUGAAUGGCACGACAAUGGGCCUCAGGAUCUCGUCACGGUAUCUCGGUGCAUUCAAAUUUCCAUCAAUAAAAUGUAAUUGUGUUCGUUGUCCAUAGCUUAUGCCUGUUUUUUUAAUCCAAGAUCCUAACUUUUUUUUUAAGGUAGUCUGACCAACCGAUGCAUAUCUGUAUUCCCAGUCAUGUGAAAUCCAUAGAUUAGGGCCUAAUACAUUUAUUUCAAUUGACUGAUUUCCUUAUGAACUAUAACUGAGUAAAAUUGUUGAUAUUGUUGCAUUUAUAUUUUUGUUUAAUUUAAUUCCAGCGUGUACGCACUCGUUCACACACGUAAAAAAAAUCUGCUUUUCAUUUGAUUUGGGCUUUAGUCCAAUGAUUUAUGUGUAAUGGAACAGAGUCAUGAUCAAGGGCUAGGAUUAGCCAUGGGGUUCUGCUUGAUCUGCUCUUUUAACACACCCUAUCUACUCUUGUUUGUUCUUUCCUGACAGAGAGAAAAUCAAGACCAUGUUUUACCAUGCAUACAACAGCUACUUGGAUCAUGCUUAUCCAUAUGACGAACUGCGGCCCCUGACCUGUGAUGGCCAGGAUACAUGGGGCAGGUAUGACUAUUACCUCUGCAGUUGUUAGACAGUAAACCAAUGUUGUAAUUUCCUGUGAAUGACACAGCCAAGACUCAUAUCUGGGCAAUCAAUAUCCAAAACCACCUGAAACCUCAGUGUUUUCCACUAGCGCCGGCUAUCCUAUACAGACGGUUACACACUCAUUUUCAGCCUGGUACUUUUUCACAAUUCGCAAUUGUAAAAAAAAAAAAUCAGCCGAGCCCUCUCCCGCUAGAAUUAACAAUAUAAAAGAUUAUGAAUAUACUGACAAGAUACAUGUCUCUCCACCCUAACAAUGGGAGUCGUCCACAAAGCUGCACAGCGGGCUGUCUAGCUUCCGCCUUUCUUUGGAUUGGUGGAUACAUGAAAUUAUUGUAAUAUUCUUUGAGGGUUGUUGACGUCAACCGCCUGUAUUCAAUGGAUAGAGAUGCUGUGCUACUAGCCUCAUACCAUGAAUAUGCAUAGCCAUCUCGAGACGACUCCGAUAUAGUGUUUUUUCUCAAAGUUGCCGGGAUGUCACGUCCUACUUAUAUCAGUACACUCGUAACAACUUAAGCAAACAUGAAACUUCUAUUAGAUCAAGUAAAUCUCAUGUAGCAAAUAAGCCAUUAAUUUUUUUGUUGACCAAAUUCAACACUCAUUGACCUCCAUACAAAAACUCCUUGCUUGGUGGGCGACACAGUGAAAAAACGCCACCUGAUGGAGGGAGAAAGAUUUUCCGCCGAGCUGGGCCUCUCUCUCUUCCUUGUCCUCUCUGACGAUAUGCAUCUUCUAGUGAUCUAUUGAUAGGACAGGCACCUGUCUGCACAAAGUGAGCGAUUACAGGGAAACACUGCUGGUUUGACAGUCUGCUGUCUAACCUGCCUCCCAUUACCUUGGGGUGUGUGUGUUAUGUACGCUGUGGUUGCAGUCACAUUUCUUUACACGGAGGGAGAGGGCAUGAUGCUUUUUCAUCGUCUAUAUGAGUCAAUUUGCACGUCCCAUAUGUGGUAGCGAUUAGUCGAAAUCCACUUAGCCUAUUGUUUUCUGGCACAUUCAUUUAUUUUAUUUUGUGUGUUUCAUAUGCAGCUACGAAGUGCUGGCGCAUAGGCUUACUGUGAUUUGAUUGACUAACAGCAAGCUUGACUAGUUUAUAAAUGCUGUCGAACUGACUGAAUAAAGUCUCAUAUCCUUGCCAUUCAUAAAUCAUACUACGUAGUUGUAUGUCCAUGCUAUCACAUUGGGACAAUUAAACUAAAGAUCUCAUUUGUAUUUUCGAUAUUAAGUCCAUCAGGCCUUGCCAGACAGUGACGUUAAAGUAAGUGACUCAUCAGUAGCCUAUCGCAUCUGUAAGAGAGCCGUUCAUUUGGCCCCCUAGUUUGCAUACUGGUAGUUUUUUUGGGCAACUACCUGCAGAUAGAGUGCCUUCAGAAGGUAUUCACACCCCUUGACUUUUUCCUAAAUGUGUUGUGUUUCAGCCUGAAUUUAAAUGGAUUACAUUUAGAUUUUUGUGUCAUUAGCACAAUACCCCAUAAUGUCAAAGUGGAAUAAUGUUUUUUGAAAUGUUUACAAAUUCAUUAAAAAUUAAAAGCUGAAAUGUCAUGAGUCAAGUAUUCAACCCGUUUGUUAUGGCAAGCCUAAAUAAGUUCAGGACUAAAAAUGUGCUUGACAAGUCACAUAAUACGUUGCAUGGACUCUCUCUGUGUGCAAUAAUAGUGUUUAACAUGAUUUUCGAAUGACUACCUCAUCUCUGUACCCCACACGUACAAUUAUCUGUAAGGUCCCUCAGUCGAGCAGUGAAUUUCAAACACAGUUUCAACCAGAAAGACCAGGGAGGUUUUCCAAUGUCUUGCAAAGAGCACCUAUUGGUAGAUGGGUAAAAACAAUUUGACUUCCAAUGGUGACUUUAAAACAGUUAGUUUAAUGGCUGUGUUGGGAGAAAACAACUGAGGAUGGAUCAACAACAUUGUAGUUACUCCACAAUACUAACCUAAUUGACAGAGUGAAAAGAAGGAAGCCUGUACAGAAUAAAAAUAUUCCAACACAUGCAUCCUGUUUGCAACAAGGCACUAAAGUAAAAACUGCAAAAAAUAUGGCAAAGCAAUUAACUUUUUGUCCUGAAUACAAAGUGUUAUGUUUGGGGCAAAUCCAAUACAACACAUUCCUGAGUACCACUCUCCCUAUUUUCAAGCAUAGUGGUGGCUGCAUCAUGUUAUGGGUAUGUUUGUAAUCUUUAAGGACUGGGGAGUUUUUCAGGAGAAAAAUUAAACGUAAUGGAGCUAAAUACAGGCAAAAUCCUAGAGGAAAACCUGGUUCAGGCACUGGGAGAUGAAUUCACUUUUCAGCAGGACAAUAACUUAAAACACGAGGCUAAAUCUACACUGGAGUUGCUUACCAAGAGGACAACUUACCAAGAGUGGCCGAGUUACAGUUUUGACUUAAAUCUACUUGAAAAUCUAUGGCAAAACCUGAAAAUGGUUGUCUAGCAAUGAUCAACAACCAAUUUGACAGCUUGAAGAAUUUUGAAAACAAUAAUGGGCAAAUGUUGUGCAAUCCAGAUGUGGAAUGCUCUUAGACUUACCCAGAAUGACUCAUACCUGUAAUCCUGCAAAAAAUGCUUGCUCCUACAAAAUAUUGACUCGGGUAUGAAUACGUUUAUGUAAAUUAGAUUUUUCAUUUUCAAUACAUUUGCAAAAAAAGUCAAAUCAUGUUUUCACUUUGUCAUUAUGGGGUAUUGUAUGUAGAUGAGAGAGAAAAACAUCAAUUUAAUCAAUUUUGUAUUCAGGCUGUAACACAACAAAAUGUGGAAUAAGUCAAGGGGUAUGAAUACUUUCUGAAGGCACUGUAAAUUACGAAAACAUUUGAUAAAGAUGGUGAAUCCUCCUCACUGCAGGAACAAUAGAUAGACUGGAGCGAUCGCCUCACUCUGGUCCAAAAUCUGAUCAAAUAAAUGAAUUGUUUUAAAAGCUAAUAAUACUUACAGUGCAUUCGGAAAGUAUUCAGACCCCUUGACUUUCUCCACAUUGUUAUGUUACAGCCUUAUUCUAAAAUUGAAUAAAUUGUUUUUUUUUUCCCACCUCAUCAGUCUACACACAAUACCCCAUAAUGACAAAGCAAAAACCGUUUUUUUGAAACGUUUGACCAUUUAUUAAAAAUAAAAAAACUGAAAUAUUACAUUUACAUAAGUAUUCAGACCCUUUACUCAGUACUUUGUUGAAGCAUCUUUGGCAGCGAUUACAGCCUCGAGUCGUCUUGGGUAUGACCCUACAAGCUUGGCACACCUGUAUUCGGGGAGUUUCUCCCAGAUCCUCUCAAGCUCUGUCAGGUUGGAUGGGGAGCAUCGCUGCACAGCUAUUUUCAGGUCUCGCCAGAGAUGUUAGAUUGGGUUCAAGUCCAGGCUCUAGCUGGGUCACUCAAGGACAUUCAAAGACGUGUCCCGAAGCCACUCCUGCGUUGUCUUGACUGUGUGCUUAGGAUCGUUGUCCUGUUGGAAGGUGAACCUUCACCCCCAAUCUGAGGUCCUGAGGGCUCUGGAACAGGUUUUCAUCAAGGAUCUCGCUGUACUUCGCUCCGUUCAUCUUUCCCUCGAUCUAGUCUCCCAGUCCCUGCCGCUGAAAAACAUCCCCACAGCAUGAUGCUGCCACCACCAUGCUUCACUGUAGGGAUGGUGCCAGAUUUCCUCCAGAUGUGAAGCUUGGCAUUCAGGCCAAAGAGUUCAAUCUUGGUUUCAUCCGAACAGAGAAUCUUGUUUCUCAUGGUCUGAGAGUCCUUUAGGUGCCUUUUGGCAAACUCCAAGCGGGUUGUCAUGUGCCUUUUACUGAGGAGUGGCUUCCGUCUGGCUACUCUAUCAUAAAGGACUGAUUGGUGGAGUACUGCAGAGAUUCUUCCAUCCCCACAGAGGAACUCUGGAGCUCUGUCAGAGUGACCAUCGGGAUGUACAGUGGGGAGAACAAGUAUUUGAUACACUGCCGAUUUUGCAGGUUUUCCUACUUACAAAGCAUGUAGAGGUCUGUAAUUUUUAUCAUAGGUACACUUCAACUGUGAGAGACGGAAUCUAAAACAAAAAUCCAGAAAAUCACAGUGUAUGAUUUUUAAGUAAUUAAUUUGCAUUUUAUUGCAUGACAUAAGUAUUUGAUACAUCAGAAAAGCAGAACUUCAUAUUUGGUACAGAAACCUUUGUUUGCAAUUACAGAGAUCAUACGUUUCCUGUAGGUCUUGACCAGGUUUGCACACACUGCAGCAGGGAUUUUGGCCCACUCCUCCAUACAGACCUUCUCCAGAUCCUUCAGGUUUCGGGGCUGUCGCUGGGCAAUACGGACUUUCAGCUCCCGCCAAAGAUUUUCUAUUGGGUUCAGGUCUGGAGACUGGCUAGGCCACUCCAGGACCUUGAGAUACUUCUUACGGAGCCACACCUUAGUUGCCCUGGCUGUGUGUUUCGGGUCGUUGUCAUGCUGGAAGUCCCAGCCACGACCCAUCUUCAAUGCUCUUACUGAGGGAAGGAGGUUGUUGGCCAAGAUCUCGCGAUACAUGGCCCCAUCCAUCCUCCCCUCAAUACGGUGCAGUCGUCCUGUCCCCUUUGCAGAAAAGCAUCCCCAAAGAAUGAUGUUUCCACCUCCAUGCUUCACGGUUGGGAUGGUGUUCUUGGGGUUGUACUCAUCCUCCUUCUUCCUCCAAACACGGCGAGUGGAGUUUAGACCAAAAAGCUCUAUUUUUGUCUCAUCAGACCACAUGACCUUCUCCCAUUCCUCCUCUGGAUCAUCCAGAUGGUCAUUGGCAAACUUCAGACAGGCCUGGACAUGCGCUGGCUUGAGCAGGGGGACCUUGCGUGCACUGCAGGAUUUUAAUCCAUGACGGCGUAGUGUGUUACUAAUGGUUUUCUUUGAGACUGUGGUCCCAGCUCUCUUCAGGUCAUUGACCAGGUCAUGCCGUGUAGUUCUGGGCUGAUCCCUCACCUUCCUCAUGAUCAUUGAUGCCCCACGAGGUGAGAUCUUGCAUGGAGCCCCAGACCGAGGGUGAUUGACCGUCAUCUUGAACUUCUUCCAUUUUCUAAUAAUUGUGCCAACAGUUGUUGCCUUCUCACCAAGCUGUUUUCCUAUUGUCCUGUAGCCCAUCCCAGCCUUGUGCAGGUCUACAAUUUUAUCCCAUGUCCUUACACAGCUCUCUGGUCUUGGCCAUUGUGGAGAGGUUGGAGUCUGUUUGAUUGAGUGUGUGGACAGGUGUCUUUUAUACAGGUAACGAGUUCAAACAGGUGCAGUUAAUACAGGUAAUGAGUGGAGAACAGGAGGGCUUCUUAAAGAAAAACUAACAGGUCUGUGAGAGCCGGAAUUCUUACUGGUUGGUAGGUGAUCAAAUACUUAUGUCAUGCAAUAAAAUGCAAAUUAAUUACUUAAAAAUCAUACAAUGUGAUUUUCUGGAUUUUUGUUUUAUAUUCCGUCUCUCACAGUUGAAGUGUACCCAUGAUAAAAAUUACAGACCUCUACAUGCUUUGUAAGUAGGAAAACCUGCAAAAUCGGCAGUGUAUCAAAUACUUGUUCUCCCCACUGUAGGCCUCCUGUAGCUCAGUUGGUAGAGCAUGGCGCUUGCAACGCCAGUAUUGUGGGUUCGAUUCCCACGGGGGGCCAGUAUGAAAAAUGUAUGCACUCACUUAACUGUAAGUCGUUGUAAGACUAAAAUGUAAAUGUUCUUGGUCACCUCCCUGACCAAGGCCCAUCUCCCCCAAUUGCGCAGUUUGGCCGGGCAGCCAGCUCUAGGAAGAGUCUAGGUUGUUCCAAACUAGGUGUGGUGAUAUUAAUUAACACAAAUUUGGAUCUGAAUGUGCAAAUAGUCAGGAAUGAUUCACAAGGAAGGUUGAUCUUUUUGAAUAUGAAAGUGGAUGGAAAAACAGAUUUGGCUCAAUCUAUAUGGUCCAAAUCAGGAUGAUCCAUACUUCUUCGAAAAUAUUUAUACCAAUUUAUUGAACUUACAGGCGACACGAUCAAAACAUUAUGGUGGGAGACUAUAACACAGUGUUAAGUACCUCGAUGGACCGUAAAGGAAAUCACUCUACAAACUAUCAUCACCGUGCCCUUAAGGAAAUCACAAAUAUUAUGGACACAUUAGAAAUAGUGGAUAUUUGGAGACUAAAAAACCCUGACCUAGUGAGAUAUACAUGGAGACUUAAUCAAGCUAGUCGUCUUGACUACUUUCUUGUCUCUUUCUUGCUUGCAUCAAAGGUUAAAGUAUUAAUAGGAGACAGAAUGCGAUCGUAUCAUCUUAUUGGCCUUCACGUAACUCUUAUAGAAUUUCCACGUGGACGGGGAUAUUGGAAAUUGAAUCAAUGUUUACAGGAGGACAAUUUAUUUUUAACUAGGACAAAAUAAUUUAUAACUGCAUUUUUCCAGUGCAAUAUAGGUUCAGCAAAUCCCCUUAUUGUUUGGGGUACCUUUUAAAUGUACCUUCAGAGGUCAUUCAAUUCAAUAUUCAUCAAUAAUAAAAAAGCAGUUUCUGUCUAAAGAGACAAGACUAACUAACAAGGGAAAUACAUGAACUAAUAGUACAGGUAGAUAGCAAUAAAAACGUUACUACAGAGAUACAAAAUAAGUUAGAGGAAAAACAAAAAGAACUGGAGGAUCUUAUUCAAGAAGGAUCUAAUGUAUACUAUUACAAAAAUAAACAAACUGGAUGGAAUAUGGAGGAAAAAUGCAACAAAUUCUUCCUGAAUCUCCAAAACAGGAACACUAUCAAAAAGAAUUUGCAGAAACCCGUUACUAAAGACAGUCAUCUAUGAUUCGCCGAGCAGAUGUUCUCUUUUCCGUCUCAUCCUCACCCUCUAAAUGACGAUUACUGUAAGGAAUUUUUUCCAAAUAUUUUUUUGGGGUUGAAAAUUAACAAAUGUACAGAAAGAACAGUGCGAAGGCCAAAUUACAAAGGAAUAACUUUUUGAGGCCUGGAUUUGUUCAAUUUCGGUGAUUCUCUUAUAAAAUGGGUAAAAGUAAUGUAUAGCAACCUCAGGUGUAAAAUAGUAAAUAGCGGCUACUUCUCAGAGUUUUGAAUUGUCGAGGAGUUAAACAAGGGUGUCCACUGUCACCAAUCUAUUCGUUAUGGCCAUCGAAAUGCUAGAUAUUAAAAUCAGAUCAAAUAACAACAUUAGAGGGUUAGAAAUCCAAGGCUUAAAAACAAAGGUGUCCAUGUAUGCCGAUGACUCAAGUUAUAUAUUAAGUCCGCAAGCUAGAUCCCUGCAAUGUCUCAUUCAAGAUCUAGAUAACUUUUCUGGACUCUCUGGACUAAAACCUAAUUAUGAUAAAUGUACAAUAUUACCUAUUGGAUCUUUAAAAAAAAUACAACUUUUACAUUACCCUGCAGUUUAGCUAUAAAAUGGGCUGACAGUGAAGUAGACAUACUUGGUAUUCAUAUAACAAAAUAUAUAAAUGAGCUCUACACAAUGAAUUUCAAUAGAAAACUAGUAAAAAUAGACGAGAUCCUGCUACCAUGGAGAGGUAAAUACCUACCUAUUUAUGGAAAAAUUGCCCUGAUUAACUCCUUAGUCAUAUCUGUUUACCCACUUACUUAUGGCGCUGCCUACUCCUGAUGAUUUGUUUUUCAAAUCAUAUGAGCAAAAAAUAUUUCGCUUUCUCUGGGAUGCUAAACCAGACAAGAUAAAGCUAUAUAAUGAAUAUGAACUAGGUCGGUUGAGAUUAUUAAAUCUAAAAGCACUCUCUAAAAGCUUCACUUAUCCAAAAGUUUUACUUGAACCCUAAAUGGUUCUCAAGUAGAUUACUAAGAAAAGUUCAUCCAUUGUUUAAAAAUGGCCUUUUUGCCUUUGUGUAGAUUGCCAUGUCUCAUUUCCGAUUAAUUGAAAAUGACACUUUUUUCAAAGUAUCUCUCUUUUUCAAACAAGCAUUGCAGAGCUGGCUACAAUAUCAUCCCCCUGAAAAGAAAGAACAAGUAUUACAACAAAUAUUAUGGUUGAACUCAAAUGUGCUGGUUGAUAAAAUACCUGUAUUUAUGGGAAAAAUAUAUCAAAAGGGUGUUUUGUUUUUAAAUUAUAUUGUUAAUUGGAAUGGUAGAGUUAUGUCUUUCAUGGAGUUAUCAGAAUUGUAUGGGAAGGUCUGCUCAAUCCAAGAUUACAACCAAUUGAUUACAGCAUUACCCCAAAAAUGGAGGAGGCAGGUGGCAGCGGAAGGAGGUAGGGAACUGGUCUGUCUGCCCAAUAUAAAGGAUCAAAACUGGCGGCAGAAUAAAAAUAUCAUGAAUAGGAAAGUAUACCAGUUUCAUUUGAGGACCAGGAUGUUGACAGCUGUGCCAUACAGAUUGCAAAAUAGUUGGAAGAGAUUUUUGAUGUACCGAUUCCAUGAUACAGGGUGUACGAGUUGCUAUAUAAAAUGACGCAAGAUUCAAGACUUUGUGCUUUUCAGCUAAAGUUAUUGUACCAAAUUCUUGCCACCAACAAAAUGUUGAAUAUUUGGGGCAUACAACCAUCGCAGCUCUGCAUAUUUUGUUGUGAGGAUACAGAAUCAAUAGACCAUUUGUUUUGGUAUUGCUGUCAGGGAGCCUGUUUCUGGUCUCAGGUUCAGGAAUGGCUGAAAAUGAAUAACAUUGAUCUAAAAUUGACCCUAGACAUAGUAUUGUUGGGAGAUCUGGAGAGACUGGGUCAGUCAAUUACUAAUAUACUAAUAUAUAUUAUUAUAUUAGUAGCUCAAUUGGUAGAGCAUGGCGCUUGUAAUGCCAGGGUAGUGGGUUCGAUCCCCGGGACCACCCAUACGUAAAAAUUUAUGCACACAUGACUGUAAGUCGCUUUGGAUAAAAGCGUCUGCUAAAUGGCAUAUUAUAUUAUAUAUCUUCAACUCGCAAUCUGUGGAUUCGAUUAGAUAGAUUCAAAUUGUAUGUUAAACAUCACAACAUAGUUGAAAGAUAUAUGGUGCGUAGAAAUCCGAAGAGGGUGGCCAGCAGAGAUAGGUGGGAUGGGCUUAGGGAACCUGAGGGUUGGGAUGUGGAAUUGGAGACAAGUGGGAGUGGAGUUGCUGGGCGGGAGAUAGAAUGACUGUCAAAGAUAAAAGUCAAUAAUAAAACAGAACAAAAAGUAUGUUUGAAUGACACAGCUAAUGCCUGUUUGCCUGAGGCUGAUGCCGUGCAGGGGUUUGUACACAUGCAUAUACACACACUCUCAUUCAAAUGCACAUACACAUGCACAUACAUGGACACACACACAUACACACAUGUAAAUAGUGCCAUACAUGCACUCGGAUGGUUGAGGGGCAGCUCUUGGGGAACUGUGGGGGGGAUCUUGGAGGGCUGGCGGUUGGGAGCUUGGGCCGGUGGCUGAUGGGUCGCUGGUUCGGGUCCCCGUUUUUGACCAUAUGGGAGAUCUGUCGACGUGCCCUUGAGCGGGGCGUUGACCCUGGUUGCUUCUGUGGGUCGUUCUGGAUGGGAGUCUGUUAGAUGACUAAUGUGAUUGUAUGUUUUUUAAAUAUUCUAUAAAAAAUGAUACAUUAUACUCACUGUCUCUUCUCUUAGCACAUAUGGACUCAGAACUGUUCUGUUUAUUUUAGAGACCAAUUUUUUCAUUUGAAAAAGUGCCCAUCACACAAUUUGGUUGAUUUGAAAUGUAACCUUUUUUCGAGAUCCUUUGGGCUAUUUGCUUAACUUUUCUGUUUUAAUAAAAUACAUAAUUUGAAGAACAAACAAUUGUGGCAACAAACAAUUGUGGCAAUUCAUAUCUUGCAGUAAAAUACUUCAAUCUCAAGAGAAGACAAGUUAAAGGUUUCAUGUUCUCUUACUUAGAAAAUAGUCUUGAUCAUAUAGGCCUAGGCGAUAUCCCCAAAAAACGAACAAUACACUGAAUUCGUACAUUCAGUCAUUUAAAUUGUAAACGCAAUCCCACAACAAAUUUUGUGUGAUGAUGACUUUACUAUGACGUUGCACCUCUCCUUUCUUUUCAGUGUUUCACUGACUUUGAUAGAUGCCCUGGAUACAUUGCUGGUAUGCACUUUCUCGUCAUCAUUAUCUUACAAACCAGUUUGUCAUACAAUACCUGAGACAAUGAGUUACUCCCAAUCUUGUUUCCUCAAUUUGCUUUCUUCAGAUUCUGGGAAACCACACUGAGUUUCAGCGUGUGGCAACUCUGCUUCAGGACACUGUGGACUUUGACAUUGACGUCAAUGCAUCCGUUUUUGAGACAAACAUUCGAGGUGAGAUUACAGGGAAUAGGUUCAAAUUUAAGCUAUGAAUAGCAAAAAUGUCAAACAAUGCUCUUGUCUAGGAGAUGUAUGUAGGUUUUUAGCUGUGUUUUGGUUGGUUGUAACUGAGAUGGGUUUCUGUUUGCAGUGGUGGGUGGUCUUCUCUCAGCCCACCUGCUGUCUAAGCGUGCUGGGAUGGAGGUGGAGGCUGGCUGGCCCUGUUCUGGACCCCUCCUCAGGAUGGCUGAGGACGCAGCACGAAAACUCCUCCCUGGUGAGCAGUCCAUAUGAUUGGAUUUAUUUUAUUAUUAGUGUCUUGCAUCUUUCAGGUGCCCAGCCCACAUGGGCUUAUAAAACACAAAAAUAUGCACACAAACAUAUGGCUUUGACAUUGCAUUUGCCUGGCUCUGUAUAUGACCAGACUUAGGCUCACAUUUUCCGCUUAUAAUUUUCUUCCUGUCUGCAGCGUUCCAGACCCCCACAGGGAUGCCCUAUGGCACAGUGAACCUGCUGAGAGGGGUGAACCCUACAGAGACCCCUGUCACCUGUACAGCUGGGGUGGGCACCUUCAUCCUGGAGUUCUCAUCCCUUAGCCGGCUCACUGGGGACCCCAUAUUUGAGGACGUGGCGCGCAAGGCCCUCCGGUCACUGUGGAAGACUCGCUCUGAGAUAGGACUGGUGAGUCGGCAAUAAGAGCUGCCGAUUUUAGUCCUGUGAUAAUCUGUUUUAUGCUGUCCUGUUGUGAUGUGUGUAACAUUCAUAUAGUAGAUUUAUUGAAACCUUUAGAUUGCUUGGUACACUUUGUCAGAUAUGACCCAGUGACCUAUGAGCUGUUUCUUUUUUCAAGGUGGGGAACCACAUUGAUGUCCUCUCCAAGAAAUGGGUGGCCCAGGACGCAGGUAUAGGGGCCGGUGUGGACUCCUACUUCGAGUACCUGGUGAAAGGCUCUAUCAUGCUACAAGAUGAGGAACUGCUAUCAAUGUUCUUAGGUAUUAUUACUAGUUUAUAGUCAGACCACUUGAUCAUGUGGUAGAUAGAUACAAACAAAUUGUACAUUGCAAGUACAUUAGUCAUUUAUUUUUAUAUUUUUUGGCAUCCACAGAGUAUGACAAGGCAAUUAAAAACUACACCAAAUUUGAUGACUGGUACCUGUGGGUCCAGAUGCACAAGGGAACAGUCUCUAUGCCUGUUUUCCAAUCACUGGAGGCCUUCUGGCCUGGGCUACAGGUAAACUACAUUUCUCAUUUUGCUAAUCUACUGUAUUCCCAAUUAACCGAAAAAAUUAAAUGUGUUUGUGUGAAUGUUUCAGAGUUUGAUCGGUGAGCUGGACAGUGCAUUGAGGACUUUCCAUAACUACUACACGGUGUGGAGGCAAUUUGGGGGACUGCCGGAAUUCUACAGUAUUCCACAGGGAUACACUGUAGACAAGAGAGAAGGAUACCCUUUACGGCCAGGUACCAGACAAAACUUGCUCCGUUCGUUACAAUAGUGCAUAAGGGUCAUACUGAAGAUUUCUCUAUUUGUAUUUUGCUCCUUUUGUUGUUUCAGAGCUGAUAGAGAGUGCCAUGUACUUGUACAAAGCCACUGGUGACCACACAUUUCUGCAGCUCGGUCGAGAUGCUGUGGAGUCCAUUGAGAAGAUCACUCGUGUCCCCUGUGGCUAUGCCAGUGUGAGUGCUUUAAGCUCCUCAAGACUCCGCUGGAUAGCAAAUACUUACUUAGGACUAAUCAGAAUGUUCCCUACAGAAGUUGUUUGUAAUUGAGAAUUGUAUUGUUGUUUUACCUCUUUCUCCCUCAGGUGAAAGACAUCAGAGACCACAAGCUGGACAACCGCAUGGAGUCCUUCUUCCUGGCAGAAACCAUCAAGUACCUCUACCUCCUGUUUGACCCAGACAACUUCCUUCACAACAGUGGACUGGACUUUGAGCUGGGCACUGGCCCCAGUGAGGACUGCGUUUUGGGGGCAGGGGGUUACAUCUUUAACACAGAGGCCCACCCCCUGGACCCUGCUGCCCUUCACUGCUGCAGCCGCAAGCAGGAGGAACGCAGAGAGCUGCAGGACAUCCUCCUCAACCUAUCUGAGCCCCUCGCCAGUCCACAGGAGACCCAAUCACAGGAGACAGACAGUGAGACAGAGCCACCUGUCAUGGAUCCUUCAGAGAGUAUAGCGCUGAAGCCUGGGACCAGCAGAAAAGCCCCUCUCCUCUCCUGCCCCAUGCAACCCUUCAGCGCACGGCUAGCUGUCAUGGGUCAAGUCUUUACAGACAGAACAUGACAAGGACUUACAGAUGUUUUCACUUUUUGAAGAUUUAACUUAAAGAUGGAAUCUGCAAUGGGGGGAAACAGCGCCACUGUCUGCCCCACGUCCGUUGUUUUUGUUUUGUCGACAAAGCAGAAGUGGGGAACGUUGCGCAUCAAGGUAAAAAAAGAAUUG